GCAGCGGUUCAGCCCAAGUUGCAGCCAGUGCAGCUAAAAGAAACAGACCCAGGGCCGGCCAGGGCCCAGGCCCAGGAAGCAGGAGGACCAAAGAUUCAAGAUCCAAGGAGAGCACAGAUGUCUCGUGACUCUCGUGUCUCGUCACUCGGGCUCGGGAAGAACGGGGAACGAGGAACGAAGCGAGAGACGGAGAUAACGGGGAAGGGAAGAGACACGCCAUUCGCGGCCAUUUAGAGACGAAAGAUAAAUAUUAUGCGCUCGCCGAACAUUGUCUGAUUGGCGUCAUUGGCGAGGCGCGAUAGGCGGAUGCGGACGCGGACACGAGGAUACAGUGAUACACUGAUACAGAAGGAUACCUAUACCUACGUCAGGGUCGUCAGGUAGACGGAAAAAGACAGAAGGAACGAGAGCGGUUAGCGGAGUGCGGAUUGCGGACACUGCGGAGGACACCUGUUGCCGUCGAGUGAGCCGAGUCAGGCGAUCGCGAAUCGCGAUCGCGAUGGCCCACCUGCUCAAGAAUCUCACCAACAGUAUUUGGCAUGCGUUUCACGCGUUACAGGCCGAUGCCACCAACACGGUCGCCAAAUCCAAGUUAAAGGUCCUGACAGCCAACAUUGGUACUAUGAUGGACUUGUACGGCGUGGAGAAAGGCCUGGAGCAUUACCGGAGUACUCAGAGUUUAACGUUCGAUCAGUACAUCUAUUACUUACAGAAAGAAGUGUUCUCCUCUGUAACCGACGCUACUUCUGUACAAACGUUGAAGAGCUUGGAAAACGGGAUAGAUGAGAUUUGCUGGUUGGUUUGUAAAAAGAUGUACCUGGAGAGAUCCCAUCCGGUCUUUGAUGAUCACAGCGUUUACCAGUUGUUCAGAAUUUACUGUCUGCUGGCCGAGACAGAGUCAGAUAUGACAGAUUCUUAUCUGGUAAUAAUGCAUGGCGACGAGGUGGCGCGAAUCGCUUCCCAUCUAGUAAUAUCCUUAGGUCUGCAGUGGGAUGCGGCAGAUUUCUCAGCUCUAUCAGCGGCUAUCGGGAUAUUUAGGUUUUCCACGUUUCUGGCGGUUUUGGAAUCCAAGUAUAGUGGCGGUAAUACUUUGGACACUAUAGCGUUGACAGAGGCGAUCGAUGAUCUCCACCAGAUUUACGUAGAGAAUGUAGUGAAAAAGGGCUACUUGAUGAAAAAGGGCUUCCUGCUGCCAACGUUGCGGUACUUCUGGUUUGUGCUGCGUCCUGGUGAAUUGACGUAUUAUAAAGAUCCCCAACAGAAAGAACCGUCCGGAUUAAUACUGCUGAAUGCAAAUUGCUGGGCCGAUACGCUGACAAACGGUGGAAAGCCCGAUAGAAGAUUCGUGCUGAGCACCCCCGAACAUAGAUGCAUCGAGCUAGUGGCAGAGGAUCACAAAGGCAGACUGCAGUGGCUCGCGGCAUUGCAAACGGCCAUUCAGCAUUCGGGCGAGAAGAUCGGCUAUCAGAGAAGUUUGGCCAAUCAAAGAAGAUCCUUGCGACAAGCUACUAAACAGGAAAAAGAAGAGACCAAGCUGGAACUACAGCACGAGAGGCAGGCUAGAAUCGCCGCCGAGAUCCAAGCUCGGAAAUUGGAAACUCUGUCAAAGGAGGAAGGUGCCAAGGUUCAACAACUAGAAGAUGUUAAACAGAAGCUAGAAUUACUGCUACAAGAAGAAAAGCAGGCCCUACGCGACGAGGAAAUAGUACGAAAUUUACAAGCGAGAGUACUACGCGAAGAAUGGGAAAAGAGAGAACAAUUGGAGAGAUUGCAGCAGGAGCAACAAGAAUUGCUGGAGAUGGAGAAGAUGAAAAGAAUGGAAUUUGAGCGGAUGCAAAAAAAAAACGAGCAACAGUUGCAAGAUGCCGAACUGCGACUCCAGCAGCUAGAAGCGGAGAGGGAGCAAUUGGAUGCCGAGUUGCGCGCUGCGCGCGAAAAGGUGCAGCACGCCGAAGAGGCUCAACUUCUACUAGAAGCACAAAUCGUCACGCGUCCCCUGAGAGGAGGUGAGAGGAUCCGACGUACUCAGAGCUUUAUACCCACAACGAAAGAGCGGCCGUUGUCCGUAGAGAAAAUCGACAGCAGACCUAAGACAUUGCAGAAAAAUAUAUGACAUACGCUGCGCACCAACGACAGCUAAAAGAUCGAUGCGUUUAUCGCCCGACUUGCAUUUAAGUCUUCCACCAAAUAGAAUAGCACAAAGAGCCUAUAGAAUCUAUUGUACGUUGCGGGGCAACUAUAUUAUAUCUUCGCGACGAAAAAAUUCCAUGCGAGCUUCGAAUUCGAUAGUUCCUUGAUUCUUGAUGCCUUGCUUCAUUCGCAAUCUUAGCCAAAAAGUAUUUAGUAUUGCAUGUACAAAUUUUGUAUACGUGAAUUUCCAUUCCUUAUUAUCGCGAAAAUAAUGUGAUCUUUAUCUUGUAAACGACAAGAUAUAAUUUCCACCUAACGUAUGUAUAUAAAUAUCACAUAUAAAUAUAUACAUUUUUUCUCACGGAGCGUAUUAUCAUAGAGUAGGAAAAUAUUUAACGCGAAUUUAUAAUUAAUCAUGUUAAUCAGAAUUGUAAAAUGUGCCCAACAAACAGAUGGGGAAAUAUUUUUGUAAAAUUUUAUAACAUUGACCAAGUUUUCAUACAUGAAUAAAAAUUUCGUAAUAUUUUA